AUGCAUCUCAACUCUGUCCAGUGUGACAGCCGCAUCUGCCUCUUCAGCCCUCGAAAUUGUGGCCGGCUGUUUUUAGCGUCCGCAUCCGCCUUCCUGCGCCUUAACGUACUGCGCUCCAUGAUCCGCCGUGUUGUGUGCCCGGGCAUGGACAUCCGCAACAACCUCACCAGGCUGCACAGUCUGGAGAACUGUUCCAUCAUCGAGGGGCACCUGCAGAUACUCUUGAUGUUCAAGACGAAGCCGGAGGACUUCCGAGACCUCAGUUUCCCCAAACUCGUCAUGAUCACCGACUACUUGCUGCUCUUUCGGGUCUACGGGCUCGAGAGCCUGAGGGACCUGUUCCCCAACCUCACGGUCAUCCGCGGCUCCCGCCUCUUCUUUAACUACGCGCUGGUCAUCUUUGAGAUGGUCCACCUGAAGGAGUUGGGGCUGUACAGCCUCAUGAACAUCACGCGCGGCUCCGUGCGCAUCGAGAAGAACAACGAGCUCUGCUAUUUGGCCACCAUCGACUGGUCCCGCAUCCUGGACUCCGUGGAGGACAAUUACAUCGUGCUGAACAAGGAUGACAACGAGGAAUGUGGGGACAUCUGCCCGGGCACCGCGAAGGGCAAGACCAGCUGUCCCGCGACGGUGCUCAACGGGCAGUUCAUCGAGCGCUGCUGGACGCACAGCCACUGUCAGAAAGUCUGCCCGACCAUCUGCAAGUCCCACGGCUGCACGGCGCAAGGCCUCUGCUGUCACAGCGAAUGCCUGGGCAACUGCUCCGAGCCUGACGACCCCACCAAGUGCGUGGCUUGCCGCAACUUCUACCUGGACGGCAGGUGCGUGCCGACCUGCCCGCCCCCCUACUACCGCUUCCAGGACUGGCGCUGUGUGAACUUCAGCUUCUGCCGGGACCUACACGAUAGCUGCAGGAACUCUCGCAAGCAAGGCUGCCCCCAGUACGUCAUUCACAACGGCAGGUGCAUCCCCGAGUGUCCCUCUGGGUACACGAUGAACUCCAGCAACCUGAUGUGCACCCCGUGCCUGGGCCCCUGCCCCAAGGUCUGUAACCUGCUGGACAGUGUGAAGACCAUCGACUCUGUCACGUCGGCCCAGGAGCUUCGAGGUUGCACCGUGAUCAACGGGAGCCUCAUCAUCAACAUCCGGGGAGGCAACAAUCUGGCCGCGGAGCUGGAGGCUAACCUGGGCCUCAUUGAGGAGAUUUCAGGGUAUCUAAAGAUCCGCCGAUCCUACGCUCUUGUAUCACUUUCCUUCUUCCGGAAGUUACGCUUGAUUCAAGGGAAGGACUUGGAAAUUGGGAACUACUCUUUCUACGCCUUGGACAACCAGAACCUCCGGCAGCUGUGGGACUGGAGCAAACACAACCUCACCAUCACCCAGGGGAAACUCUUUUUCCACUAUAAUCCCAAACUGUGCCUGUCGGAAAUCCACAAGAUGGAGGAAGUCUCGGGAACCAAGGGGCGCCAGGAGAGGAACGACAUCGCCCUCAAGACGAACGGGGACCAGGCAUCCUGUGAAAAUGAAUUACUUAAAUUUUCUUCCAUCCGGACAAACUUUGACAAGAUCUUGCUGAAAUGGGAGCCCUACUGGCCCCCCGACUUCAGGGACCUCUUAGGGUUCAUGCUGUUCUACAAAGAGGCCCCUUAUCAGAACGUGACAGAGUUUGACGGGCAGGACGCCUGUGGCUCCAACAGCUGGACCGUGGUGGACAUCGAGCCGCCCCCGAGAUCCAAUGACCCCAAGCUGCAGAGCCACCCUGGGUGGCUGAUGAGGGGCCUCAAGCCCUGGACCCAGUAUGCCAUCUUCGUCAAGACCUUGGUCACCUUUUCUGACGAACGCCGGACCUAUGGGGCCAAGAGCGACAUCCUCUAUGUGCAGACCAAUGCCACCAACCCGUCCGUCCCGCUGGACCCCAUCUCUGUGUCGAAUUCUUCGUCCCAGAUUAUCUUGAAGUGGAAGCCUCCCUCGGACCCCAACGGCAACAUCACGCACUACCUGGUUUACUGGCAGAGGCAGGAGGAGGACAGUGAGCUGUACGAGUUGGAUUAUUGCCUCAAAGGGCUGAAGCCGCCCUCCCGGGCGUGGUCUCCACCCUUCGAGUCCUACGACGCCCAGAAACGCAACCAGAGCGAGUACGAGGAGUCGGCAGGCGAGUGCUGCUCCUGCCCCAAGACUGACUCUCAGAUCCUCAAGGAGCUGGAGGAGUCCUCGUUCAGGAAGACUUUCGAGGAUUAUCUGCACAACGUGGUCUUCGUGCCCAGAAAUCCCUCUGCAGACAGUGGUGCCCAGGACCCUAGGCCCUCCCGGAAGCGCAGGUCCCUGGCUGAGGCAGCCAACGCGACCACGGCUGUGCCUUCGGUGCCGGGCUUCUCCAACCUCUCCUCCGUCAGCGUGCCCACUGACCAGGAGGAGCACAGGCCCUUCGAGAAGGUGGUGAGCAAGGAAUCACUGGUCAUCUCCGGCCUUCGACACUUCACUGGCUAUCGGAUUGAGCUGCAGGCCUGCAACCAGGACGCCCCGGCGGAGAGGUGCAGUGUGGCCGCCUACGUCAGCGCCCGGACCAUGCCCGAAGCCAAGGCGGAUGACAUCGUGGGCCCCGUGACCCACGAAAUCUUCGACAACAACGCCGUCCACUUGAUGUGGCAAGAACCGAAGGAGCCCAAUGGCCUGAUCGUGCUGUAUGAAGUCAGUUACCGGCGGUACGGGGAAGAGGAGCUGCACCUGUGUGUCUCCCGGAAGCACUACGCCCUGGAGAAGGGCUGCAGGCUGCGAGGGCUGCAGCCGGGCAACUACAGCGUGCGGAUCCGGGCCACCUCCCUGGCGGGCAACGGCUCCUGGACAGAAGCCACCUAUUUCUACGUGACAAAUUAUUCAGAUGUCUCAUCAAAUAUUGCAAAGAUGAUCAUUGGUCCCCUCAUCUUCGUCUUCCUCUUCAGUGUUGUGAUCGGGAGUAUUUAUCUAUUCCUGAGAAAGAGACAGCCGGAUGGGCCAAUGGGACCGCUGUACGCUUCCUCAAACCCUGAGUACCUCAGCGCCAGCGACGUGUUUCCGUGUUCUGUGUAUGUGCCGGACGAGUGGGAGGUGCCUCGAGAGAAGAUCACCCUCCUGCGAGAGCUGGGGCAGGGCUCCUUUGGCAUGGUGUAUGAGGGAAAUGCCAAGGACAUCGUCAAGGGUGAAGCGGAGACUCGAGUGGCGGUGAAGACGGUCAACGAGGCAGCCAGUCUCCGAGAGAGGAUCGAAUUCCUCAACGAGGCCUCUGUCAUGAAGGGCUUCACAUGUCACCACGUGGUCCGGCUCCUGGGGGUGGUGUCCAAGGGCCAGCCGACCCUGGUGGUGAUGGAGUUGAUGGCCCACGGAGAUUUGAAGAGCUACCUCCGCUCCCUGCGGCCGGAGUCUGAGAAUAACCCUGGCCGCCCUCCCCCUACCCUACAAGAGAUGACCCAGAUGGCGGCGGAGAUUGCCGAUGGGAUGGCGUACCUGAACGCCAAGAAGUUCGUACACCGGGACUUGGCAGCUCGAAACUGCAUGGUUGCCCAUGAUUUUACUGUCAAAAUCGGAGACUUCGGGAUGACCAGAGACAUCUACGAGACGGAUUACUACCGGAAGGGAGGCAAAGGACUGCUCCCCGUGCGGUGGAUGGCGCCGGAGUCCUUGAAGGAUGGGGUCUUCACCACUUCUUCUGACAUGUGGUCCUUUGGUGUCGUCCUUUGGGAAAUCACCAGCUUGGCAGAACAGCCUUACCAAGGCCUGUCUAACGAACAGGUGUUGAAAUUUGUCAUGGAUGGAGGGUACCUGGACCAGCCCGACAAUUGUCCAGAGAGAGUCACGGACCUGAUGCGUAUGUGCUGGCAGUUUAACCCCAAGAUGCGGCCAACCUUCUUGGAGAUCAUCAACCUGCUGAAGGACGACCUGCACCCCAGCUUCCCAGAAGUCUCUUUCUUCCACAGCGAGGAGAACAAGGCCCCGGACAGCGAGGAGCUGGAGGUGGAGUUCGAGGACAUGGAGAACGUGCCCUUGGACCGGUCCUCACACUGUCAGAGGGAGGAGGCCGGGGGCCGGGAGGGAGGGUCCUCGCUGGGCAUCAAGCGGAACUAUGACGAGCACAUCCCGUACACCCACAUGAACGGGGGCCGGAAGAACGGGCGGAUUCUGCCCCUGCCCCGGUCCAGCCCUUCCUAACAGUGCCUGCCCGGGGAAGGGCUGCCCGCGUCGUCCUACUUUCCUCUGGUUUUUGGACGCCUCCAGAAAACUCAGGACUCUCACGACUCUACCCCCGUGUCAAACGGAGCUCCGACGGUUCCCGGACAGUUUCGCUCGUCUUUUCAUCGGAAGCGUAUGGAUGUGACUUCCGCUCCAACCCAUCUUCGUCAGAGGAUUUCACUGUGAACCUGGAGGGGACGGGGUUUCCACAGCUGCUGCCUGUUUUGCCACAAACAGUUUCAAACCAGGACUCUUCCUUUUCUUUUGCUUUUCUGUUUCCGUAGGAGACUGAGGGGAAAAAAACAAAAAAGCACCUGUUUUGACAAAGAUUUUUUUUUUUUCCUUUUUUUCUUUUGCUGGCGUCUGAGCUAUAAGACAAAUCUUGUUUGUGGAACAAAAGUUGGCAAGGAAGGAGAAACAAAACCCUGUUUCAGGAGAAAUCCAAGCUUUGACAGGGUGAGCUUUGAGGUGUUUUUCUCAUCCAGGUGAAAGGAUUUUAUUUUAUUUUUCUUAUUCACAAAAAUCAGUUCCUCAAAUUGACCAAUAGCUGCUGCUUUCAUAUUUUUGAGAAAGGGUGUGCAGUCCCCGCGUGUGUGCACGUACACACGUGUGCACCCGUAAGCAUGUGCGUCCAGGUUAGAGCCUGCCGGUGUGUGCGUGUGUGUGUGUGUGUGUGUGCGCGCGUGUGUAAAAUAUUCAUGCCGGGUUGAUGCUUUGGGUAUCGGCUCAUGAAAGGUUCUGCUGUUCGGUGUGUUUAAAGUUCACAUCCUUUUCUGCCCUUCCUUUGUGUUACCGGGAGGCUGUGUCCUCAACACAUUCUCCUCGUGUAGAAAUCUUGCCUCAGGUGUCUUCUCUUUCCUUCCCGUUGGUGACAAAAUGUUUUCCAGGAGCUGAGCAAGAAGCGUUUAGAUUGGAGUGGUCGUGGAGCUUUGGAAGACCAGAAAAGCCAGAACAAAAAAAUAUAAUGGAAGAAGAAAAAGGAGGAGGAGGAGGAGGAGGAGGAGGAGAAAAAGAAACAGAAGAAGUAGAAGAAGAAAGAACUGAGAUGACAAAAGGAUUGAGAACAUAUUUGUAACAUAUCUAAUUUUGGGGAAAUCUCUGGCAUUAGCCUUAUAAGUGAUUGGCCGUCUCCUAGGUGUUGGGAGGGUCUUCCUGUCGGGGGAGAGGGAGCAAGGCACAAAUGCCCUCCUUGUGCGGUCCUAGAGGCACCCUCUUCUGGGAAUCUAGCCACAUUAGCUGCUAACCCUUUUGGACAUCGUGAGGCCACAUGGAGGAUGUGGGUGGCUGGGAUUUGUGGAUGGUGAGGCUCAGGCCCUAAGUUCCACAGGAAGCUUCCCGCCUGGAUAAGCCGGUGAUUAUCUGGAGCCGAGCCUGCCCUUCAGAACGCCUGUGUGCUGGAUUCUCUGUGUGUGCCAUGCCUCUGAGGCACUCCUCCUCCUAGGCCUGUGCCUUUCUCGGUUAUGAUGCAAACAUGACAGACUCUGAUCCCAAAGGCCCACAGCAAUGGACGGACUUUGAAAACGCUAAGCAAUAUCAAAGGAGAGGCCCCUCUGUGGGUGCCCCUCUACUCUUGGGGCAUCUGACCAUCCUCAGAGCCAAACUCCCAGAGCUGCUCUGUGCCCAGAGACCGCAGCUGGGCCAGAUGUGCCUGAGCGAAUAUAUUUCUCAGGUGCUUAUAAUGUUGCAAUCCCCUAAGAUACUUCAAGCCGGGAGGAGAAAGCAUCAAAGGCCUUCCCAUCAAUGAGGACUUCCACUUGGAUGUGACCCACUGUUUCCUGUUCUUGUGAAAAGAACCACAGCUGCUCAAGAGAAGAAAAAGGAUUCAUCAAAAUUACCACCCGGGGGUUCUCCCUGCAUGCAUUUUUCUCCUAAGUGUUUGAUUGCUUCCUUCUUUUCGUAAGAGAAAAGUUGAGGGAGAGAUGUGAAAUGGCAGCCUCCAGGCCCACUCAGUUCUGGAUUAAGGAACACAGGUGCACCCACAUCCCAAUUGCCUAUUGCAUUUAGAUGAUUUGAGAAAUUACAGCAUGCAACAUAUGGCUGGGGAGCAUCCACGGUGGAUACAAGAAGCAAGAGUACAGAAAUUACGUUUGCCAAAAUUGACCUGUGAAUAGAAGAGGGUCUGUAUGUAAAUUAAAGACACACAUAGAUCUAGGUAUUUUGUUCUUUUCGUAGUAAAUUUGUAGUGGCCGUAUAUGACAGUAGCAGCCAUUUUCACAUUUUUCUAAUUCAGAAAAGGUUUUUCUUAUAUUACUGGGGGAAAGUAUUUAUUUUAAUAUAUAAAAUCACUCUAAAAUCACUUUUGAAAAAAUGGAGUGCAUGUAAAUUUUUAUCAAGGAAAAAUAAACAGGUGAAUGUGGGUAUGAUUUUUUUUUUUUUUUCAGCACAGUCUACCUCAGCGUAUUGUUAGGAUGUGGUUCAGUUACGGACGUCUUCGACACAUCAGAAUCCUGUUUGGAUCCAGUCUGUAUUAGGGAAGAUAGGUAUCACCUGGUUCUGAAUGCCAAGGACCAGUAAGGAUUUUGAGGGAGGAAGUUGGGAUGGAGAACUUGUGACCUUCACAUGACAUCAAUCCGUUGACUCCUGGCUGACAAUAUUCCCUGCAUUUAAUCUUCAUUUUAAAAGCGAAAUCCUCUGUCUGCCGACCCCAUGCUCCCCAAACGUAAACCAAGUUUUAGGCCGUGAUGAUGUAUCUGACAGAUGGGGUACCCGGUCUUACCUUUCUUUGGUGAGAGGGCCGGAUCCCAUGUCCUGUUGAGGCCAAGACAGCCUUUGACUCACAGCCAGGGCCUCGCGCGUCCCACCAAGUGCCCCCGAAGUGAGAACAAAGGCACCCAGGUGCUCCGGUGGUUUGUUCCUACUCCUUUCAGACUGGAGAUGCUCUCUGUCAACAGAAUGAAUUUUAUUCUUGAGCACCUCACACACGACAACGACGGCAAUGUUUCUUUCUUUUUUUUUUCCUCUGAGCGGGAAAGAAGCAUUUCUGGAAACCCCAAUCUGAAACUCAUCCGUGUAUGGAAUGCGUUUUUUAGCAACAGAACCUUGGACCCCUGUGCGAAGGUCGGGCCGACCUCCAGCGGAUGCUGAUUGACUUCGUGCUAAUUUGAGAGCCUCUCUGCGGCUCCAGGCAGGGCCAGCACAGUUUUGUCACACUGCACACCUCACUGUUUUGUAUCUUUAGACUCUACCCUUCCCAACUCACUCUUCUGCCCCGGAGAGGGGUAGAGAGCUGGACCCACCUUGUGCGGGUGGGACUUCACCGAUUUCAUUCUGAUGUCUGCGGUGGCUCCGUGGAGGGAAAAAGAGAAGCAGUUGAAGGCCACAGAUUUCCUUUUAUCACGGAAACGUUGACCUCAGAACAACAGGACUUUGGCUGUAGAAAGGCAGAGUGUCCUGAGAGUUCGUAGUGAUGCGAUGGGUUAUAAAAAAAAAAAAAAGCAACGGAACCAGAUUGGGUUGACAUGGUUUAUUUUUUAAAGAAGGCUCCCGGUUAUAAAACAUUUUUUUCUCGACACAGUGGAAUCCAUGCUGUCAUAGUCCUUCUGGGAGGAGAACACCAAACAUCACUUUCUCCAUGGGUCAGCAAGCACAUACCAGGGAGUGGGCUGGUUUGGGAGCUGUCCUAGGUUCUGUCUGUCAUUUGAAGUUGGUACAGUGCAGAAGUAAUUACUGGUUCUCUAGGUAUAGGCUGAGCAAAAUCGAUUGAGAUUGUGGGUACUGAUGCAAGGGUCUGUGCGUAAAAUGCUGUGAUUUCUACCAAGGCACCCUAAGAUGCACGCAUUGGGUUGGGAGCUGUUUAUUUGGGUGGACGUUUGGGGUGAGAUGUCUGUUGGGUGCUGUCUGGUGAGUCCUUGAUACGUUAGGCUCUUCAGAAAUGAUGGCUCUGUUGGGGCUGGGGAAAGAGGAGUGCUGAUUGUUUUAUAAAGGCUGUACGCAGAGUAGUGCCACUUUGAAAAAAUCUUCGAAAACGUCCUUCCGAAUGCUAAUUUGCAGCUUAUGGGAGGCUGGCUGAGGGAAGAACAGACCAACAAUUGUUCAGAAUACACACAGAAGAAUUUUACGGACUUUUCGGGAGUUGUGACCUAAGGCAAAUGUGUCCCUGUCCCUAAGACCGGGAGGGGAGUAAUGACUUAGCGUGAGUUCAUUGUCACUGUCUGCGAACCAUCAGAGUCCAAGACCAGCCUCCGGCCAAAUUUUAUCUAAGUGUGGGCCCUAAAAAUCCUUGGUAGAAACCAGAUCAUGAACCUAGGGCUCUUGGCCCCACCUGAGAAAGAAGGAACGGCUCCCAGACACAAUGUGCACUCUUGUACAUAUUCAGGAAUGGCUUGUUUGGGUCGUUACACUCUGUGUCAGUUGCUGCUCCAUUCGUGUGCCUGGGUGGCCUCGGCCCUGCCCGUCAAAGGCGCGGGAUUCACUGUGCCACCACUUCUGCCG